AUGCCCGUCUCGCUCUGCCCAGCCCAGUCCCGGUCGAGGUCGCGCCGUAGCCGCCGUCCGCUUCGGCCCGUUUCUUCUUCCUGGCCUGCGAUCGCGAUUCCAAUCUCAACCACCCCCCCCCGACCUCCCGCUGCAACCGCUGACAGCUUGCCAGUGGCGGACCAGAGGACUCAGCAGCAAGACGAAGAAGAAGAAGAAGAAGAAGAAGAAGAAGAAGAAGAAGCAAGAAGAAGCAAGAGAAUCACGCCAGCGAGACUCCCAGGCCGAAUGACGAUGGCAGACUAUCGCUCGCCUGUAUACAAGGCGCCUCCCCGCAAGCCGGUGCCAGGCAAUGCCGGCUUCCAGUUCCACACGCUCGACUCCCGCAGCAGCAGCAGCUCGCCGCAUCUCCCCGAGGGCCCGUCGCACCUCCACGCCGGCAGCGUCUCCAGCAUCGCCAGGCCCGCCAGCUCCCAGUACCGCCCGCGCACCGCCAGCUCCUCCUUCCUGCCCGCCGACAUGCUGCCCGUCAGAGAGUCCGUCGCGGGGUUUCCGCUGCCGCAGCAGGGCCAGCAGGGCCAGCAGGGCCAGCAGUUCUAUCAGCAGUCCCAGCAGCAGCAGUCCCAGCAACAGCAACAGUACUCCCAGCGCCAGUUCCACCAGCAGGCAGCCUCUCCGCAGAACUACCAGCAGCAGCAGUUCUACCACGCCCAGCAGUAUCCCCAGCAGCAGAAAUACCCCCAGCACCAGCUGCAGGCACAGUACGGUGCUGCCCCGCCGUCUCGUAGAGCGUCGAAUGCAACGACUUGCACCACCUCUACCGGCGGCGGAAACGCUGCCCCAGCCCGCCAGAUGAGUCAGGUCAGCUUCGAUACCAGAUACAGCACCAUCUCCCAGCGGCCGCAGAUCAGCUACGUGGCUCUCCUGCGCAAGCAAAAGGCUACCGUCUGGUGCGAUCGGGCUCAGGCAGAGGACCCCCGCCUGCUCGCCCAGCGCCGCGCUGCCAAACAGCGUGCCCUGCUCGAAGUCCACGGCAGCUCCUCCACCCGCAGCAGCACCCUGAUCAGCGGAGGCAAGAUCAGACACAGCGGCAACGGCCGUUCUAUAAGCUACAACACCAGCACCAUGGUUGGCGCCGGCGUCCCCUUACGGCUGAGCGCAAACGAGGUCGGAGGCGCAGACGACGGGCUCGACGACCGCAUAGACGCCAGCCAGCUUAUACAUCGCCGCACGGGCAGCAGCAGGAGCUCGACGGCCAGCAAUCGCAUAUCUGCUGCUCACCAGCGGGCCGCCGGCCAGACUCGUCUCAGCAGCAGCAGCAGCGCAAACAACACCCCUCCCAACGCAGACAUACCAGACAUCGUCGAGACGCCUGCUGCCACCCUGGAGAACAUCAAGGACGAACACUUCCUAAAGAAGCCCAAUCGAUCGUCUGCUAAUACCGCCUCCGACCAGCAGCGUCCGACUACCUCACACAGCGAGGAAGAGGACGAGUUCGGCAAGAUUACGGAAAUGGCGGCUCCCACGGGCAUGUCAACGGCCAUGCAGAAACGGAAGAUCUCAGACGACCUGAAACGGCGAGGCAGCGUCGACGAGCGCACGUCCAGCAUGACCGGCGUCAGGCUUUUCGUAGCCAACCCAGACCUAAGCGAUUAA